CACGCGGGAGGAGGAAGCAGCCGCCCGCAGUUCGCGCUCGGCUGGCGAAGGCAGAGCGCCGGGCUGCAUGCGAGAGCCAGCCGCGCAGGGGCCCAUAGCCGCCGAGGAGGGGACGCCAUGUGCCGGCCAGCUCUGACCAGACUGCUGCUCUUCCACCUGCUGCUCAUCAAGCUGCAUAUCGCUAAAGGCUCCGCCAAGGAGUGCGAAAAGGACCAGUUCCAGUGCCGGAAUGAGCGCUGCAUCCCUUCCAUUUGGAAAUGCGACGAGGAUGACGAUUGCUCAGAUAAUAGUGACGAGGCAGAUUGCCCCAAGAAGACCUGUGCAGAAAGUGAUUUCACUUGUAACAACGGCCACUGCAUUCCUUCCAGGUGGAAAUGUGAUGGUGAAGAGGAAUGCCCAGAUGGGUCUGACGAAUCCGAAGCCUCAUGCACCAAACAAGUAUGCUUAGCUGAAAAAAUUAGCUGUGGAGACUCCAGCAACAAAUGCAUCCCAUCUUCAUGGAGGUGUGAUGGAGAAAAAGACUGUGAAAGUGGAAUUGAUGAGGCUGGGUGCACUAAUGUCUGUUCCCCUACUGAGUUCCAGUGCAGCAACAAGACCUGCAUAGCUACAAUUUUUGUCUGUGAUGGUGACGAUGAUUGUGGUGAUGGCAGUGAUGAGAGGAAGUGCCCGCCCCUCACCUGUAACCCCAACGAGUUCCAGUGCAAUAACAGCCUGUGCAUCCCAGAGAUCUGGGUCUGUGACAAUCAGCCUGAUUGUGAGGACCAUUCCGAUGAGUCAACAGAGAAGUGUGGCUACAAAGCCAAGCCGCAAGCCAUGAGCACCUGUGCAGCUCACGAGUUCCGGUGCGGCAAUGGAGAAUGCAUCCAUCUGAACUGGAAAUGUGAUGGAGAUGAGGACUGCAAAGACAAGUCAGAUGAGCAAGAUUGUCCUCUGGUGACCUGCAGCCCUGAUGAGUUCCAGUGUGGCGAUGGGACUUGCAUCCACGGAGCCAAACAGUGCAACAAAGUGCAUGACUGCCCUGACAACAGUGAUGAGGCUGGCUGCGUUAACGAAGCGGCGUGCGAGAAUCCCACCAAGUUUCAGUGUAAGAGUGGAGAGUGCAUAGAGGAAGUCAAGGUGUGCGAUUCACACAGGGACUGCAGGGACUGGUCUGACGAGCCCCUGAAAGCAUGUGGAGUGAAUGAAUGUGCUCUCAACAAUGGCGGCUGCUCCCACAUAUGCAGAGAUUUGAAGAUUGGCUAUGAGUGUGAGUGUCCUCCUGGAUACAAGCUUCUUGACAAGAAAACAUGUGGAGACAUAGAUGAAUGUGAGAAUCCCGACGCUUGUAGCCAGAUCUGCAUCAACUACAAGGGAGACUAUAAAUGCGAAUGCUAUGAGGGUUACGAGAUGGACACUCUGUCCAAAAACUGCAAAGCUGUAGGGAAGAGCCCGUAUUUGGUCUUCACAAACCGCCAUGAAGUACGCAAGAUAGAUUUGGUGAAAAGGGACUACUCUCGCAUCAUCCCCAUGCUGAAGAACGUGGUUGCUUUGGAUGUGGAGGUGGCAACAAACAGGAUAUACUGGUGUGAUUUAUUCUACAGGAAAAUAUACAGUGCCUACAUAGACAAAGCCAGUGACACAGCUGAGCAAAUGGUCCUCAUCGAUAGCCACCUGAACUCUCCUGAAGGCCUGGCAAUGGAUUGGGUUCACAAGAACAUCUACUGGACAGAUUCAGGAAACAAGACCAUUUCUGUCGCCACAGCUGAUGGGAGUAAGAGGAGGACACUUUUCAGUACUAACUUAAGUGAGCCCAGAGCCAUUGUGGUGGAUCCAACACGGGGAUUCAUGUAUUGGUCUGACUGGGGUGACAUAGCAAAAAUUGAGAAGUCUGGCUUGAACGGUGUAGAUCGGCAAGUGCUUGUGAUGGACAACAUUGAAUGGCCCAACGGCAUCACACUAGAUUUGUUAAAUCAGCGCCUCUACUGGGUAGACUCCAAGUUGCACUUGCUUUCAAGCGUAGAUUUCAAUGGCAGCAACAGGAAAGUUCUCAUCUCUUCUGUGGAUGACCUCAGCCAUCCGUUUGGAUUAGCAGUCUUUGAGGAUAGGGUAUUCUGGACUGAUCUGGAGAAUGAAGCAAUCUUCAGUGCCAAUAGGCUGAAUGGUCUGGACAUCUCCAUUUUAGCGGAGAACCUCAAUAACCCUCAUGAUAUUGUAGUCUUUCAUGAGCUAAAGCAACCUAAAGCUCCAGACGCUUGUGAGCUCAGUUCUCUGCCAAAUGGAGGUUGUGAAUACCUAUGUCUUCCUGCACCCCAAAUCUCUUCCCAUUCUCCCAAGUAUACCUGUGUUUGUCCUGACAAUAUGUGGUUGGGUCCCGACAUGAAAAAGUGCUAUACAGAGCUUCCAACUACCUCAACUAAUGUGCCUACUACUCCUGCUACUACUGUUGCUACUGCUACAACUCACUUGUCCAAUUUCACUGCCAUCACUACGGUUGUUAUGACUACUACUACCACCACCAUUACAACUGGCAACAACAGUAACGCUAGUACAGAAGGCCAAGAGACCACAUCGCGCAUCUUCCUGGGCACUACAAGCCUUCAUUCACCCACAACCACAUCCAGCCUGGCAGACUCUAAGAUAACAACAACAGGAAACAGCAACCUCUCCCAACACUAUGCUAACAGUGGGCAAGGUUUUGGAUCAACUGUGAUGGCCGCCAUUAUUGGAAUUGUGGUUCCUGUUGUGGUAAUUGGUUUGUUGUGCAUGGGAGGGUAUCUCAUCUGGAGGAACUGGAAACGGAAAAACACAAAAAGCAUGAACUUUGAUAAUCCUGUGUACAGGAAAACUACAGAAGAGGAAGAUGAAGAUGAAAUCCAUAUUGGGAGAACAGCACAGAUUGGGCAUGUGUAUCCAGCACGUGUAGCAUUAAGCCUAGAAGAUGAUGGGUUACCAUGAGGACCGCACCUACACCAACCCCACAGCCGGUGGAUCGAUAGAUAUGCACUGAACACGCUUGCUGUGGAUCACGGAGUUCACUUUCUUUUAUCUCCUUCUCUCCUUUAAUGGUUUAUUUAUGUUGCAGAAGGGUAACCACAAAGUAAUAAUGAACUGCAAACAUCCAAAGGAUGUGAGAGUUUUGUAUGUAUAAUCUUUUAUACACCUUUUAAGCUUCUUGCACUAUCCAUCCCUAAUGGCGAGGAGGCUGCUCUACUGUGGGGCUACUAACUCGGUGUAUAGAACCAGCCAGACCCAAGGGUCGGUAGCAUACGUGUCAUUUUUAAAAGCUAUAUUUAUAGAGAUUUUGUAAAUAUGUCAGACAUACUUUGUGGCUAUCCAUCAACAUAAGAAAAGCAAAAAAGAGGUCUAUACAAGCCGUUUAGGAUAUUUAUUAACAAAUUCUGGAUAUAAGGUUUGUUCUGUACAUACACUUAGAGGAUGAGAGUAUUUAUUUUUUUGUAUGCUUGGCUCGCUGUGCAUAGAUUAUCUGUGUAUAUACCUAUCUACACUGGAUAGGUAUAUAGACAUAUGCAUAUAUAAAUAAGUAUAUAUAUAUAAAUAUAUAUAUAUGAAUAUAUUUUAGAAAGACUAGCCCAGCUUUAUGGGAAAUAGGGUUAUUAAAUUCUUAAGGGAUGUUUUGUGGAAGAUUUUGCUUUGAAAUCUAAAGCCUCUGAGUAAGGAUUACAGCUGUUACAGUAGGAUAGUCCAUGACUGUCAAAGAAACAAAUGUGCCCCCAUAAUGAACAAACCAAAUUCUGUCCUGGCAGAUGAACCAGCUCAUGGCUUAGACGUCUUUGCACAAUUGUUGCACUCCAGGAAAUCCUCAUAGGCCCAUGAAUUCUACUCACACACGUGGUGAACCUCCCAAAUACAAUUCCCCAUUCGUUGUAAAUGGAGGGGACAGCUUUGCACAGAAAGGGCUGUGUCCUCUCUCCACUGAAGUGAAUGGGGAAGCCCAGAACCUCAGCACAGACAUCGAGGGCAAUGCCUGCAAUCCCAAACCAUUAAUCUGGCAGGUUUAGACAUACAUUAGCAAGUUUAGGGUGCCAAUCUUAGCAUCUAUUCAAAGAAGUCUCGUUAAGUUUAACUGAAUAUACAGUACUUCAAAGUUUGCAUGUUUAGGAUUACACUUAAUGGGGGUGAGUUGGGUUGCUCUGCCCCAUGGAUUAUUCUCAGUUUUCAUUUGGUUAUACCUCCCCCCCCCCAAUAAAAAAAAAAAAACCAACAACACACAGGACAAAAAGUCAAUGAUAAAGGUGACAGUGGAUUCCAGAGAGGUCAUCUGAACACUUUCCUAUGACAGAUUUCUGUAGCUUUUGAACAUUAAGACAAUUGGCGCUGAAUAAUAUUAUGCCCUCAAGGGUAUGUCUACACCAGCACAACUUUACAUUGUUUUUUACUUCACUCUGAUUAGCUUUGUGCUUUGUUACACUGGUCUUAAUUUUUACCCAUUUCCCUACAUUCAUGCAAUUCCUCAUGGAUUUCCUUUGUGGGGUGGUUUAAAUCAUGGCAAAUUCAUGCUGCUAUAACAGUUCACCCUUGCACCCAUCUCUGUACCAAUACAGUGGUACCUCGCUAGACGAAUGCCUCACAAGACAAAAAACUCGCAAAACGAAAGCAUUUUGUGAUUUCAAUGGAGACUCGCAAGACGAAGUUUCCUAUGGCACGCUUCGCAAGACGGAUUUUUUUUCGUCCCAUAGGGUGCCUUGCAGGAUGAUUUUUUUUUCUGUCUUGUGAGGCACCCUAUGGGAAACCGCACUUCAAUGCGUUCCUAUGAGAGCCGCUUCGCAAAAUGAAUUUUUCGCUAUACGAAGCGACUCGCGGAACGAAUUAAAUUCGUCCAGCGAGGCACCACUGUAGCUUUAGUAUGAGGUGGUGGAAGAAACUUUAAUGCAGCCCUAUGCAUGUUUACUCGGAAGUAACUGAGCAAUCCUAAUUCCCAGUCUGCAUACGUGGAGGGGUUUAGGGUACAGCAGAGUUUCUAUCUGCUGUGAUCAGUGAACCUGAGGUAUGUCUGUGGGAAUGUCAAGCAGCCUAUAUUAUUCAAAAACAGAAAUACCUUUUUUCUCUUUCUCAAAAAAGAAACAAGAGAGGUAUACAUUUGGGCAACAUUAACAAGGUACUAACCUGCAUGUGAAAAACACCUGUAGAAUGGAAUACUAGCCAGGGUGCCAAGAUGCAAGCUAAGACAAAGACAGAAGUUGCAGAAUGCAUGAAAAUAUGCUGGUGCAGACAUACGUCACACUUAACCUUAAUUUAGCAUAAUGAGAAUGAGCUGCAGCAAACCUCAGGCUCAUGUUCUUCCUUUCUCCUCCAGACCAGCUGCUAGGAGGAAUUUGGAAGCUUUCACUUCUGGUUUUAAUUAAUCACAGUUUGGUGCAUCAUCUGAACUGGGUCAACUGUGGUUAAUUUUAACUGUGGCUAUUUUGAAACAGCCAGCUUCAAACCGUAGUUAACACUAACCAUAGUUUAGGGUGCAAAUGACACACUGAACUGCUGCUCAUUGAAAUCAGAAGCAAGGGCUCCCAAACUCCUCACAGCCACACUGGAGGCAGGGAAGCACUCAUUCAUCCAAACAUGUUGAUCUGUUUUUAUACACACCCUGUGCUAAUUUCUGAAGAUUGAUUCAUACUAUUAGCUUGUGCGUCGGGACUUCACUUUUUUCAGUGCAAUAU